GACGGAAGAGGAAGCGUGGGGAGGCCGCUCUGCUUGUCUGGGUGAUGUCGGGGGAGCGGGGCCGGACGGCAGGCUCAGGCCGGGCGGGAGCGGCGGGGCCCGAGGCACCUGCAAGACUCCAUUGAGAAGUGGAGUGUGACAAGUUAACAGGAGAAAAGAAGUUGUUCCAUCUGUUCCAUGGAUCCCUUGGGUGCUCCUUCCCAGUUUGUGGAUAUUGACGGUCUGCCAGACUGGAGUAGUGUCUGUGAGGCUACCCAGGUGGAUUCUCACCAAAAUCCUGUUGGAAAAGAUCAAGUCGAUGUUAGGUCACCUUUUCCAUACAGGGAAGACCUCAAUGCAAAAAUCAUCUUAUGGAAAGGAGACGUAGCGUUACUGAACUGCACAGCCAUAGUGAAUACCAGUAAUGAAUCUCUCACCGAUAAGAACCCAGUAUCUGAAAGUAUUCUCAUGCAUGCCGGGCCUGACCUUAAGGAUGAACUUCAGAAGCUCAAGGGAUGCAGGACAGGAGAAGCUAAACUCACCAAAGGAUUUAAUUUGGCUGCACGCUUCAUCAUUCACACAGUUGGACCCAAAUACAAGAGUCGUUAUCGUACAGCAGCAGAGAGUUCUCUGUACAGCUGUUACCGGAAUGUCCUGCAACUUGCAAAGGAACAGGCAAUGUGCUCCGUAGGAUUUUGUGUCAUUAACUCAUUGAAAAGAUGCUACCCCUUGGAGGAUGCAACCCACAUAGCACUGCGUACAGUUAGAAGGUUCCUGGAGAUUCACGGGGAGACUCUGGAGAAGGUCGUGUUUGCAGUCUCUGAGCUUGAAGAGGCCACUUACCAGAAGCUGAUGCCUCUGUAUUUUCCAAGAUCUUUGGAAGAAGAGAUACAAUCCUUGCCUUACCUCCCUGCAGAUAUCGGUAAUGCUGAAGGGGAGCCUGUAGUACCAGAGCGACAGAUCAGGAUUACUGAAAAGCCGGGCAUUCCAGAUGCAGAUGCUUCAGAUGAAGAGGGGCUGGAGGCAGAUUUGUCUUUCAUUGGUUCCCAUGCUUUUGCCCGUAUGGAGGGAGACGUUGAUAAACAGAGACGCCUCAUCCUUCAGGGACAGCUAUCAGAGGCAGCACUGCAAAAACAACACCAGAGGAAUUACAAUCGUUGGCUGUGUCAAGCAAGAGCUGAAGACCUCUCUGAUAUUGCUUCCCUUAAAGCCUUGUACCAGACAGGUGUGGAUAACUGCGGUCGCACAGUGAUGGUAGUUGUUGGAAGAAAUAUCCCCGUAACAUUGAUAGACAUGGAAAAAGCUCUUCUGUAUUUCAUCCACGUCAUGGAUCAUAUUGCAGUUAAGGAAUAUGUCCUAGUGUAUUUCCAUACUCUCACAAAUGAUUACAAUCAACUAGAUUCUAAUUUCUUGAAGAAACUCUAUGAUGUUGUUGAUGCCAAGUACAAGAGGAAUUUGAAGGCGUUAUAUUUUGUCCACCCAACAUUUCGUUCAAAGGUCUCAACAUGGUUUUUCACUACCUUUACUGUCUCAGGGCUAAAGGACAAGAUCCACUAUGUGGAAAGCCUUCAGCAGUUAUUCACAGCCAUACCUCCAGAACAGAUUGAUCUCCCUCCUUUUGUUCUUGAGUAUGAUGCCAGGGAAAAUGGGCCUUACUAUUCCUCCUAUCCUCCAUCCCCUGACUUGUGAUCUGCAGUCCUGCAAUGCUGUUGGUUUCCCAUGGAUCCAAUGACCUGAUGUCUGCCAAAACCUGUGCAUUUGCCCACAGAAUUCAGAGAGAGGGUUUUCCUCCCCCAGCUCUGGUAUUUUUUUACUUGAUGAGAUAUUUUCAAGCACUCAAGCAAUCAGAACACUUUAUGCCACUGUGAACUGUACAACUAUUUCAAAUAUAUUUAUCGAAUGGAAAAGUUGGGGUUUUUUUGGGGGAUCAGUAUUUUAUUUUCUUCUUUUUUGAAGCCAUUGCAUUUAUUCCUGAACGUACUUUCUCUUUUCAGGGAGAUACAUCAUUUUGUUUGUAACUAUUAUAAUUUUCCACAUCCGUUUGUAAUGCCUGUUUUUGACUGGUUUGUACAAAUAUUGUGCAGUACCAGCCUGACAUGUUGCUCAUCACAUGGUUUCUAUGCUUUCACAUCUGGUUAUUUUCCUUUUUAGUUAGUGCCGAUUACUUUGGUUUUGAUGCAGCAGAAGUACCUGAAAUUGGGAAUACCGUGUUUGCAGGCUGAACAGAACGCUGGAGCCAAGCAGAGAUUACUGCAGCACUUAGUACCAUAAAUGCUGACUGAGCUAGGAGCCUGAUACAGACCCAGUCCAUCUUCAGUGAAUUAUGUGACAUGUCAGGAUGCCACUACCCUCCCAGCAAGAAUAAAAUUGAAAAGCAUUUACACUUCCUUUA